UCUACCUAGCAAAGUGAAUUUAUCUGAAUCUGAUAAUUAUUAUAUCUGUGAAAACUUUACAAACUGUGUUGUUGAUAUUAUUUCUUUUUUAAAAAAAAUAAACGAACAAUAUGUGCUAACUUCUAAUAAGAAUGUAGGCAAUUUGGGAGUCGAAUUCCCAACAUUAUAUCUCCCUCCUUGUGGAAGUUCACAAAGUUUUUUAUUUUCUGUUCCUGGUUUUACGACUAUGUUAAAUUGUGGAUUCGAUAAAAACCUGUCUUCCUGGAAUUUCGUCAAACAUUUUUUGACCCUUGAUAACAUUAUUUUAACUCCUUUUGAAGAGAAAAACAGCCGAGCUGCCGUUCUCUUUGCUAAAACUAUUCAGAAUAUUUCAAAACCCAAAAUAGGCCACAUUUUUCUGGAUUCCCCACCUGAAAUAUUAUAUCCAAAUUCUGAAAAUUUUAUGGGAAUUAAUAUUGAUUUAGAAAAGCAUAAAUUUUUGGAUAUUAUUCAAAAUCUACAAAUUCCAAUGGAAUAUAUUAAUGAACUUAAUGCACCAUCUGUUCUCUAUAAACGAAUCGGUGUUGGAAAUCUGUAUCUUCAUAGUUUGGGGAAAAAUAAUGACCGCAAUAAUGUGAUUAAACCAAUAAUUCGUACUUCGAGCGCCAAAGUGGGCGAUAUCUCUAAAAAUCUUAAAUCAGCUAAAGAAAAUACUAAACGGUCAAUUUUAUUACGAUGGGUCCCAUUUAAAACGGAAUUGAAAAUGGUUUCUAUACUUAUUGCUACAAAUUUAUCUGAAAGUGAUAUUAUCUCCUAUCUUAGCUCUAUAAAACAUCAAAAUAUCAUUUUCUCGACUACAAUCACUCUGACUGAUGUUUCAAGAUCUCAGAAAGUUGAUGCAUCGAGAAAACAAACUACUACUCUGUCCAAACCGAACUUGUCAAAUACUAAACAGACCAGAGAAAAGCCUAAAUUAAGUAUUUCUAGACCUACAAUUGCUGGAAAAACUAUUCAGAAAAACGAUAAUUCAGCAAAAAUAAAUCCCAGCAAUAUUUCAAAUGUAAAGAGGCCUACCUGGUCCAAAAAAUCUGUUCCAACAACUGCGGUCAAAGAUUUAGGAACCACAAGAAUUAGAUUAUUAAAUAAAAAUGAAUUAUUGGAUCAAAAUUCACAUAAGAAGAUAGUUACAAAUUGCAAUAACAAUUGUAAAAACACGAAGAAAAAACUACAAGAAAAUGUCAAUGGAUUAACCACUAAAGAACUUUCAAAAAAAUCAUUAGAUGAAAGUAUUUAUGGAAUGAUAUUUUUAGAUAAAGCCGAGGUCUUAGAUUCAAAUGGUGCAGUUACAUGUGAAAUAAACACAGGAGGACAAUUUAGAGGUGAGACAAAUUCUUUAAAUGGAAAUGAUUUGUCUGAUGCGGCAGUAACCUGUAUAAAUAGUGAAAACAAAUCAAAUCCUGAGCUCGAGACGUUAAUUCCCUCAGAUGUCGAUUCCACUAAUCAAAAUAAAAUUGAUGUAAAUAAAGAUCACGAAGAAAUACAAAUACCGACAUUACAGGACAGUGACAAUAAUUUUAUUGAAAAUAUUAAGCAUGAUUUAAUCGAACCCCAAAAAACUAAAAAUUUCGGUACCACUGAUGAAUAUAUUGAAAAUAUAAAGCAUAUAAAUAAUAAAUCCGAACUAGAUCAAAAUCUUAAUAAUGAUCAAUCAAAACCUGAAAAGUCAUCUGAAAUUGAAACUGUAAUUUCUGAAAAUAGUAGUCAAGAAACACUUCCACAAAAUACAUCCAACAAUUUUGUUAGUAAGAUGAAAGAUUAUUUUGAAAAAUCUACAAAUUUGAAACAAGAAAAAAUUUCAUCUGAUGAAAAAUGUUAUUUGCCUACGAUUAUCACAGAAAAUCCAAAUUUAAACAAAAACAAACCCGAAGACGUAAUAAACUCAGAUUCUAUAGUAAUUGAAAAAAAACUUAAUAACAAUGAAGAAAAAGGUGGUCUCUCAUUUGUAAGUCCCAUUAACAAAAAUCCAAAAUAUAAUAGCAUUUCGGAUCCUCCAAAUAAUAAAAAUUUGAUUUCAAAAAAAUCUCUUAGAAAUGAAUAUAAAAAAGACGGAAUUUAUUAUUAUUUAACAGUUGUUUUUAUUCCUCUCCGAAACUCAAAAGGAGAAAAUUUGAUAUCUAAAAGAUUUUUCUAUGUCAUAAGAGCACGAUAUUAUAUAUUUUCUUCUGCAAAUGGAGAUGAAGUGCCAGUUCUUGAUAAUCUACUGUCCGCUCGACGUGAUUGGGGGGAAGAUGCUAAAGACGUAGAAGUCACUAUCAUCCCAACUUAUGACAUUAAAAAUCUUCAUGAUUGGAUAUUCACGAAUCAAGAUACUUUAAAAUAUUUGAAAAUAAACAUUGAUCCAGCGUGUCAAAGAUGUAGAGUCAUGAUUGGCGACAGUGAAGAUUUCUGUACUGCCGGGAAAAUUGUUAUUUCAUAA